GCGCGCAGCUCGUGAGACGCCGCGCCAGCCGGCACCAUGCGCCUGCGGCCGCUGCCCUUCGUCGUGGUCCCUGGCUUGCUGCAGCUGCUAUUCUGUGACAGUGAGAAGGCGGUGCAUGCCACAGAGGGGCUGGACUGGGAAGACAAAGAUGCUCCUGGGACCUUGGUUGGAAACGUGGUGCACUCAAGGAUCAUCAAUCCUCUGCGCCUGUUUGUUAAACAGUCUCCUGUCCCAAAGCCUGGACACUUGGCGUAUGCGGACAGCAUGGAAAACUUUUGGGAUUGGCUGGCCAAUGUCACGGAGGCUCAGGAGCCACUGGCAAGAACUAAACGGAGGCCAAUAGUAAAGACGGGAAAAUUUAAGAAGAUGUUUGGGUGGGGCGACUUCCAUUCCAACAUUAAAACUGUUAAACUCAAUCUCCUCAUCACAGGAAAAAUUGUUGACCAUGGAAAUGGAACCUUCAGUGUUUAUUUCCGACAUAAUUCCACAGGCCUAGGCAAUGUUUCAGUGAGUUUGGUACCCCCCUCCAAAGUGGUGGAAUUUGAAGUUUCCCCGCAGUCUACCUUGGAGACCAAGGAAUCCAAAUCUUUCAAUUGUCGCAUUGAAUAUGAAAAAACAGACCGGGCGAAGAAGACUGCCCUGUGCAACUUUGACCCAUCGAAAAUCUGCUACCAGGAGCAGACUCAGAGCCAUGUGUCUUGGUUGUGUUCCAAACCCUUCAAGGUCAUUUGCAUUUACAUUGCCUUUUACAGUGUUGAUUAUAAACUUGUGCAAAAAGUCUGUCCUGACUACAAUUACCAUAGUGAGACUCCAUAUUUAUCUUCUGGCUGAAUCUUUCCAACAGUGAUAUAAAUGAGGGGUGAAUACAUAUUUCAUUAGAAUGACCAAGAACCAAGGCCAACUCUUCGUGGUAAAGGAUCCCUUUUGUUUCUGGCAGUGAACCUUAGUUCCCUAUUAGGUUUUCAAAUUAAAAAAAAAGAAAAAGAAACAUCUUUAAAUGUGACAUGUGUUUGUUUCGCUCGUACCUUAAUCUGAAAAGUCAAACUGUGUAUGAAGCCAUCGCUUUCAUGUAGGAUGGCUAAGUCCUAGAAAUAUUGUUGUUUCUCUAAAAUCAACAUCAAUGGUAGAAACAUGUAAUGAAAAAGAACCGAAUUAUGCAUGUGAUACACAUUGCUCUUGAAAUGAGCCUGCCUUUGAAAUUUGUUUUGGAAGGUUACCUUAAAAAUAGCAGAUUCAGUAAAGUAACUGAAAAGAUAGCAUUUGAUAGAUGAAUCGCAUUUCUGACAUUGAAUUCUUUUUUUUAUCUCCGUCCUUCCCCCACAUCAGUGCUGUUAUUGAUAUGAGAGAUGAAGGGGUAAAAUUUGUUUCAAAACCCAUGUGUGAGGUUACAGUGCCACAGUGGAACUAAACACAUGAUUAUCUGAGCUAGGCUGGGAUGAGACUUAAACACUUCGUCCUGCGUUGGCCACCAUCUUUAGGAUUCUCAUCUGAGUAGUAAUAUGGGGCAUUGGGAAAGCGAACCCGAGUGUAUUUUAAGUCAGUCCCACAAUCAUGAAGAUCAUGAUGUUCUUAGAUUCUUUUGCCAAAUUCAAUGCCAUGAGAUUGCCAAAAGUACCAUAAAAUCUGCAUUCUACCCUAUAACCUAUAACUUCAUGCUAUUCAUUUGAUAGUGUGAGUUUAUAUACACACAACUCUGAAACUGAGAAAAGCAAUUUUGUUCCCUAGGCAAGAACAAAGAAAAUAAUUGGAAGUCGAUUGACAAAAUUCCAGGAUUAUGGAUUCAUUAUUUCUAGCCUCCCAGAUUAAGUCCUCUUUGCGUUUCAUUAAUUAUUUGAGUGGGGGAUCAAACACUACCUGGAGAUAAAGAGUAUAUUGAAACAUGACUGAUUAUUAUUAAGUGUCAACAACCUGACUCACCAGGCUUUUGAAAUCACUUCCAAAUUAAAACGGCUUCACAGUUGGAGUCAUUGCCAUCUUCUCGGGGGGAGCGGGGCGGGGGGUGUGGACAGGUAUCCUGCAACAUAGAUGUGAAUGAUCUUUGCAUCAACACAGAAAGAGGGUCUGGCUGGCCAGCAAUAAGAUUUCUAGAACUCUUAAGACUCAUGGGAAGGUUACUGUUUUUACAGUAGGUGUUCACUUUUGCCCCCUUAUCUGUAAAAUACCAGUUGAAGUAAAACAUUAAACUUAAAGAAGACAAGUCUAACCAACAAAAAUGCUCUUUCUACAUUGUUUGAAGAGCCAACAGCUCUGUUCUCUAUUUUGCAUCUCCAUUUCUUUCUGUUUACUGGUGAUCUCUGUACAGUGUUUGAUUUUGUCUUUUGUAAAAAAAAAUGUACUAGGCUUAGUGUGUGGUAGUACAGGCUUGAAAUUUUUGCUCUGAGUUCAUCAGGUGCUUUCGUAAUUCUGUGGUUGGUGUGAAAUAUUUUGAGGUAUCCUUUUAUUUUCAUCUAUAGACAGGAUUAAAAUACUAUUUAUUGUAAAAUACGUGGGAACCAUAUAUGUAUAUAUACUUAGAAUUUUCUGUGUACAGAGAAAGUAUGUGUACACAUUUCUAUGUAAAUAAAAAGAAUUUGCUAAAUCUGUCA